AUGGACGACCAAACAAAUGAGAUCAACGAGAUAUUUGCCGCACCAAACACAACACUCGAGCGCGAUGUCCUCGGCGAACUUAAGUCCAUCCUUCGAAUCCAUUCGCUCAGUCCUCAGGAACUGUUCUUCAAAUGGGAGGCAUACAGCUUGAAGAUGGGUUCAGACACUCAGAUGAGCUACAAAACAGCAAGAGAAUUUAAGAAAGAUCUUCAAGAUGCACUGGAAAGAGAAUCAAGAGGCAAAGCACAUAUGCAGAGCGCACAGAAACGAGGCACAACUGGCACCCCGAGGAAUGCCAAUACAGGGGAUGUCUUUGGAGUUCUGGACGGAUUGGUCGCCGGCACGCCAUCUCGAGGAUCAGUCAUGAAGCGAAGAAGCGACUUUGGGACUCCCUCUGCCAAAGCAUCCAAGCUCAACAACACCAGUUCUCCGGCAGGUGACAAGACUCCGACGCUCGGUGCUUCCGCUACCGAGGCUCUCCAACUAGGAGCGAUUCCCUUCGCCGAACGCCAGAAUGCUGGACAGAUCAUCGAACAACUCAACGGCCACAUUGAAAUACCUCCCGCCCCCUCAUCCGCACCUACAGAAGCCCGCGUCAAGCUGAAAGCGAAUACCGACAUGGCCAAAUUCAGCUAUAGACCAAUGGCUAUGAAGCUCUCAGAGGCUUCGGAAUUCCUCGACGAGCGCAUCGACGAGUUUGUCGAGAUCAUACAGAAGAAUCACCAAUUAGAAUACUCUGCCUUUGGCAAUCCGGCUGCCAUGAGUCCUGCUCAGAUUGUCGCUGUGGGACGAAUUGCUUCGGACACUAGCGAAGGAAGGAUGAAUGCAGCUUCGAUGGUCCUGGAGACCAGUCGUCGCAUGGGUGCGGGUCUGCGAGUACCUCUGCGUAUGGAGAAAGGAGGUUAUGACUUUUUCCCUGGCAAGAUCGUCGCUCUCCGCGGUAACAACCCGUCUGGAGAGUACUUCAGUGUUACGGAGGUGUUGUCUGUGCCUUCGUUACAACCUCCUGCCACAGCACCUACCGGUAUCGAUGUCCACAACGAGCGUCUACAGAGUGAUGACGGCACAGAGAGUCGCCCUCUGAACAUCAUUAUCGGAGCCGGACCAUACACUACAGACAGUGAACUGUCGUUUGACAGCUUACACGAACUCUGCUCGCAAGCUGCAGAGACCAAGGCUGAUCUCCUGAUACUCAGCGGUCCUUUUAUCGACAUUGAACAUCCAAAAGUUGCAAGUGGUGACUUCUUGUUGCCGCCGGACAGCAAAGUUGACCCUUCCACUGCAACACUCACAGAUGUCUUCCGCGCCCUCAUCUCUCUACCACUCACUCGUCUGGCUCAAACAUUACCUGGAAUUACCAUCAUACUAGUACCCUCAGUCCGGGAUGCCGUGUCGAAACACAUUAGUUGGCCGCAAGACCGUCUGAACCGCAAAGAUCUCGGCCUCCCGAAACAAGCGACAUGUGUCACGAAUCCCAUGACGGUAUCCUGCAAUGACUUCAUGGCAGCAAUUAGCAGUCAAGACGUCCUCUUCGAAAUGCAAAGACAGCGCGUCGUCAGCGGCCUCAACAGCGACGCCCUAGCAUCUCUUGCAAGAAACCUCCUCACCCAACGCCAUUACUUUCCUGUCUUCCCGCCACUGCCACGAGACGAAAAGGCUAUGACUGUGGGCGCUAGUCUGGACAUUGCGUAUAUGAAGCUGGGUGAGAUCUUGACCGUCAGCCCGGAUCUGCUCAUUUUGCCGAGUGUGUUGACGCCGUUUGUCAAGGUUGUGGAUGGCGUGUUGGUGAUUAACCCCGGUCAAGCUAGUAAGAAGAGAGGUGCAGGCACCUAUGCGAGAUUGAUUGUUGGACCCAGAGAGUUGACUGAAGAUGAGAGGGAAAAGGAUGAAGAUGUUGAUCAUCAGUUGUUCAACAGAGCUCGUUGCGAUAUCAUGAGAAUCUAA